CCAUUUGUUUAUUUUGGUAUUCCAUAAUUUAAGCCGCCAAGUAUUUGCCUCUUCGCAACAUCAAAUCUCGAAAGGUUUCUGAUUUUAAGACGGUGGGUUUGUUUUCUGAUUCGGGAAUUAAUUAUGAAGCCGAUUCCGGAUGUCAAUGAACGUAUUGCUCGAAUCUCUGCGCAUCUUUAUCCUCCCAAGUCUCAGAUGGAGGAAGGUUCUGUUUUGAGGAGGGCGAAUUGCCGGGCGAAAGGCGGAGCUCCCGGGUUUAGAGUCGCAAUACUUGGGGCCGCCGGUGGCAUUGGCCAGCCCCUUGCCAUGCUGAUGAAGAUGAAUCCUCUGGUCUCUGUUCUACAUCUGUAUGAUGUCGUCAAUGCCCCUGGCGUCACCGCUGAUAUCAGUCAUAUGGACACUGGUGCUGUGGUGCGUGGAUUCUUGGGGCAGCAGCAGCUGGAGGCUGCGCUUACUGGCAUGGAUCUUGUUAUAAUCCCUGCAGGAGUUCCCCGAAAACCAGGAAUGACAAGAGAUGAUCUGUUCAAAAUUAAUGCUGGAAUUGUCAAGACUCUCUGUGAAGGGAUUGCGAAGUGUUGUCCAAGAGCCAUUGUCAACCUGAUCAGUAAUCCUGUGAACUCCACCGUGCCCAUUGCAGCUGAAGUUUUCAAGAAGGCUGGAACUUAUGAUCCAAAGCGACUUCUGGGAGUUACGAUGCUCGAUGUUGUCAGAGCCAAUACCUUUGUGGCAGAAGUAUUGGGUCUUGAUCCUCGGGAUGUCGAUGUUCCAGUCGUUGGUGGUCAUGCUGGUGUAACCAUUUUGCCCCUUCUAUCUCAGGUCAAGCCUCCAAGCUCUUUCACACAAGAAGAGAUCAACUACCUGACUGAUAGGAUCCAAAAUGGGGGAACAGAAGUUGUCGAGGCUAAAGCAGGAGCUGGUUCAGCAACCCUCUCAAUGGCUUAUGCUGCUGUUAAGUUUGCAGAUGCUUGUCUUAGGGGCUUAAGAGGAGAUGCUGGUGUCGUCGAAUGUGCGUUUGUGUCUUCUCAGGUGACCGAACUUCCAUUCUUUGCAACCAAAGUACGACUCGGUCGCACUGGUGUCGAAGAAGUAUACUCCCUUGGCCCACUAAACGAAUACGAGAGGAUUGGGUUGGAGAAAGCGAAGAAAGAGUUAGCAGGAAGCAUUGAGAAGGGAGUUUCCUUCAUCAGAAGCUGAAGAGUUGCCAAUCACCACAGUUUAAAUAGAAAUACUUCGUCUCUUAUAGAUCGAGUACGUACUUAUACAGUAUGCGUUCUUAGAGAUUGAAGUUGAUUGAAAUGAAACCACACCACCAAGUAUUUAAUAAAACAAUCUGCAGGUGAUAUCGCCUCCAUGUCCACAACCAAAACGGUUGGCUUAGAAUGUCGUCUUGAGAUUGAUGGGUUGUUUUUUAAUAUAUCAUUUUGGUACUUAGAAUUCGAGUUUGGUAUCCGAUUCAAAGAGUAUGAUAGAAGAUAGAACAUGAUUGCGUAUCAUGAGACUCUGUUGAUCUUUGUGAAGAAAAUGAAUGAUGAGGGGAGUUGAAAUUAUUGGGUAA